AUGACGGCCAAGCGAGCGAUGUGGCCGCUCUCUCUGCUCCUCGCCGCCGGGGUCUUCGUGUCGCCCUCCCUCGCGGCCUACCCGCUGACGACGGACUCCAACUGCCACUGCUACAUGACUAACGCGACGUCGUCCAACUACUUUGCACACCACAAGUUCCACGAUUUCCGCCAGCUCACGCCGUACGUCAAGGUACCAAACCAGCUCGACGACCCCGAGGCGACAGCGAAUGCGCUGCCGGCGAGCAACUACUUCAUGACGCGGGCCUGGACGGACAACUGGGCGAUCCAGAGAUGGAACAACAGCGUGGCGCUCAUGGCCAACAAGUCGGACCCGCUCGCGUCCGACGCCACGGUGCUGAUGGUCAACUCGUACAACAACGUCUACAUCGAGCGCAACGCCGACACCCCGGCGGCGUCGCAGACGUACCUGACGAUGCGGACGACGCGCCUGCGGGACUUCCAGUCGGCCGCCGAGGUCGAGUCCGUCUCGCAGGGCUACCAGUUCCUAUCGGUGCGCAUGCUGGCGCGCACGCGCGGCGAGCAAGGGGCCAUCACGGCCAUGUUCACGUACCGGGCGGGGCCGAACAACAGCCUCGCCCUGGUGCAGGAGGCCGACCUGGAGAUCCGCACCAGCGACCCGCCGCUGUUCGUGCAGUACACGAACCAGCCGUCGUGGAACGCGACGGGGGACAUCCCCCAGGCCACCCGCAACGCCAGCCUGCCCGGGGGUCACCGCUGGAGCGACUGGGCGUACUACCGGCUCGACUGGACGCCGGGCUCCAGCACGUGGUACGUCAACGGCAAGUUGGCCACGGCCAUCACCUUCCAGGCGCCGCGAGACCCGGCCCAGAUCAUGUUCAACACGUGGAGCGACGGCGGCAGCUGGAGCGGGAACAUGACGCACAACUCGCAUGCCUACAUGCAGAUCCAGUGGAUCGAGGUCGUCUACAACAGCACCGACCCCUUCCUCGUCAAGACGGGCUCGUGCAUCAACGUCUGCAGCAUCGACGAGACCACCAGGAUCGGCACCCCGGUCCUGAUGACCAAUAGAGGCCAAGUCGGCGGAGGCACCCAAGGUGGUCAAGGCGGCCAGGGUGGUCAAGGCGGCCAGGGUGGCCAGGGCGGCCAGGGCGGCCAAGGAGGCCAAGGCGGCCAAGGCGGCCAGGCCCCCGGAGCGUGCCAGUCGAAGCACUACGACCAAUGCGCGGGCAAGAACUGGAACGGGUGCAGGUCGUGCGCGGCGGGGACGACGUGCCAGUUCCAGAACGACUACUACUCGCAGUGUCUGUAA